ACCAAUCGACCCUAAUUUCGUCGUCAUCAUUAAGCUGAUUAACAGAGGUCGCGCAAUUAUUCUAUAUUAUUGCCUCUGCACGAUUGGAGCUGUUCAACCAACAAGCACCUCCUAUACAUGUUCCAUAUAAUUCAUCACCAUCAAUCUUAUAAACCUCAGCUCUCUCUUCUAAACUCACAAUCUAAUCUUCUUGUUUCUUCUUUUUCUUUCCAUUUCUCAUGGGCAACUAUGCAUCAAUCCGCCAUCAAGCUAGACCCACUUCAAUAGUCCUCCUAUAUGACGGCUCGACCCGGGAGUUUGACGACCCACCGACGGUGGCUGAGCUGAUGCUGGACCACCCGCAGCAUGUGGUGGUGGAGUUCCGCUCCGCCGUCGAUGGGACCCGUCGACUGACCGCGCUACCGGCUGACAAGAAGAUCGAGGCCAGGAAACUCUAUAUCAUGCUUCCCAUGAUGAACAAACAACUACAAAGGCGCAGCCACCGCGACAACGGCAGUGGCAACAAGCUGCCCCCGUUAUCAGCCGAGGAAUCGCGCCGCUUCCUCAUGAUGGCUAACUCAGCCCUCCGGAUGCGUCCUUUCAACUCGAAGCCGAAGGCGGCCUUCAUGCCGGUGCUAGCAAGGGUGUGUGCUGAUGCUAAAGACCACACGAGCGGCGAGAGGAGAUUGCCGGCGGCAGAGAGUAGAGCUGUUUCGUUGAAGGAGGAGAAGGAGGCACGUUCGGAGGAGAGGCACGUGCAGGAGUUCAGGGAGAUCAUGUUGGAGAACAGUAACGACAUGGUGAUGAUGAGCAGGCAGGUCUCAGGGAAGGCUUGGAGACCAAGCUUGGAGGCCAUCAUGGAGAAGAAGGUGGAGGAGGUGAAGAAGGCCCCCCCUCACUUCUUGUUUCAACGUGGGAAAUCAUUGAAAAGCAAUUAGCCGUGUAUUAUGCGUAAUAGCAUCAUCAUCAACAAAUGAUAGACAACGCAUGUAUCUAUUUUUGUAGUUUGAUUACCUUAUUAUCCUCACAUGUGAUCUUUUUCUCACAACAUCCGAGCAUCUCUUAAGCUUUUCAAGCAUGAGAUUCUGUCCCGGGUGCUCAUAGCAACGAUCGAUGUUGUCAUGUAUAAUCUUGGUAAUUACAUAAGCCCGCAAAUGAUCCUAAGAGAA